CCCCCGAAUGAAAUGCAGCAAACAAAAAAGAAAACACCCCCGAAUGAAAUGCAGCAAACAAAAAGUGUUGAAAACGGAAGUGCUCCAGACCACUAGGGGGAGUCAAAGAAAAUAGUAUUCAUUUCUAUGGGACCAGAUGCAAGAUUCAGAGAAAGAUAUUUGAAAGAAAGUAAAGGUGGCCAUGUUUUGCUGUUUCUGUGGACAAAAUCUAGGAACAAUUCAAGUUUUCUGUUUUUCAUGUGGGAAGAAUGUGCAGAUCUUGGCACAAGCUCAAGACACUGCUUGAGCGUUGCCAGCCAUAUGUAUGGCUCCUCAACAGCCAACCAACGCAUCGAAAGCUGGGGGUCAUAUUUCAGAAAACAAAGAUCUCAGUUCUGGAUGGAUCUCAUGAACGAUUUGAAGGAAAGACAUCUCUUCAAUGGAAGUCAUGAGCACACAUGCCUUGUGCGGUUUGUCUUCAUGGAUAUGCUACAGAGAGAUCUUGAUGAAUGCAAGAACAGGUGGCAUAAACAUACCAUAAGACCUGUUAAACAAUCUUGCUGUCCAUCUGGUAAACCAGAUGUGAUGUAUCAUCUACCUCACAGGUUUGGUGGAACAGACUGUGGUUUCCUAGUUUCCCAGGAGCCAUUCGGACAGUUUGUGACAGAGACUAACAACAUUCAAUGUGGAGAUGAACACCUUCAGGCACAUUUUGAGAACCUCCAGAGACAGUGUGGCCUAGCACAUCCACAGAGUUGGGAAUCAUGUGUCGAAAACUAUAUUAAACUGAAAAACAUGGUGGACUUAUAAACAAACAAGAAUCCAAAUUUGAAGGUCGCACACAAACAGUAAACAGUGUCAUAACUGAACAGGUUUGACAAGUUAAAUAGAUAGCAUUUUGUUUUGUUUUGCAUUUGACCUUAAUAAAGCCCAAACCCAGGGGAGUUUUGAAUCCCAAAGUCCAUGUCUUCUUUAAACUGAUGAUACGUCUUGGACAUUGGUAUUUUGAUAGUGUUGGAGCAGGUGCUACUGACAGGAAAACGAGAAGUGGCCUGAAAGAUCAGUUUUGGUGGUGGCAGAAUUGAAGAUGGAGGUAGUGUGUUCAAGCCGGUGGCAAACAUCAGGACGUCC